UUACGGUUUAGUACGUUUUAGUUAGGAUCCUGUUCUGUGCUUUUGUCACAUUUUUGGCCUCUUGUAUAGUUCCUCUCGUUAUCGUUAUUUUUGCAGAGCGAAACAAACACGAAAUAUAACAAAUCGUUUUUGAGGCUCAAUUCGUUGUUCCGAUAGACCAGGAUCAAGACAGAACGCAGUAUAUGAAAACAAUUGAAUGGUUUUUGUAGUAAAAUUGUUGUAGAUCGUCUUUGGGAUCACACUUAUGAAUGACGAAUUUAGAAAUUUUGUUUCCAGUCCUUUGGCCGUCUUUAUUUCCUGUACAAAUGAGGAAGUUCCUCAUAUAGAGCGUAAUUGCAAGAGGCCGGGUUACUGGAAUUCCUCCCAGGGCUAUUAAGCCGAUUUCAAACAACAAGAGCAAAACCGCGGCUUUGUCAUUUCGAGAGUGUGCCGAAAAGCAAGCGAAGUAAUCAAGAUUGCUCACUUCGUCAGAAAAGAUAUAGUUUUGUCGGAAAUAAACGUGGUCGGGUCCCAUUCGAGACAUCGCGUCCCCUUGCAAAUCAGUUUCGAUAAAUCGCGUGGUGUUUUAUAGUGCGGAGAUAAUAGUUCGCCUGGCGAAUCAGUACGGUUAGAACGCGUUGGCAACGUUUCGUUUUCACGAAAGUCACGAAAUCGUAUAAAAAUUAUUUACAAACAAAACCCACACAUUAUGUUGACAAUGUCAACAUUAAUGAUGCCUGCACCAACAAUGGCUAUAGGGGCACCACCAAUAUCAGUUGGUCCCCAUAAGCCACCUGAAACUAAACUCUUGGCUAUACAUCCAGCCCAUUCUCAGGCCCAGCAGCAGCAACAACAGCAGAUUCAACAGCAACAGCAGCAGCAACAACAAACACAACAGCAACAUCAACUUCAAAAUCACAGUAGCAACAAUAACGGACAGCAACCGCAGCAACAAUUGUCGAGCGGUGGAAAUACAAAACCAGAACAUCACCACAUAUUCGUCGGAGAUCUUAGUCCGGAGAUUGAAACACAGCAGCUUAAGGAUGCAUUUGCACCAUUCGGAGAAAUAUCGGACUGUCGGGUCGUUCGAGAUCCACAAACGCUUAAAUCAAAAGGAUACGGAUUUGUUUCAUUUAUUAAGAAAUCAGAGGCUGAAAGUGCUAUCACAGCAAUGAAUGGACAAUGGUUAGGUUCACGAUCGAUAAGGACGAACUGGGCAACGAGGAAACCACCAGCAACAAAAGCGGACCUAAAUUCAAAACCUCUGACAUUUGACGAAGUGUACAAUCAAAGCAGUCCAACUAAUUGCACCGUAUACUGUGGCGGCAUAAAUGGUGCACUUUCGGGAACAUUAACGGACGAGAUCCUGCAGAAGACCUUUUCACCGUUCGGGACAAUUCAGGAGAUUAGAGUAUUCAAAGAUAAAGGAUACGCCUUUGUCAGAUUUUCAACAAAGGAGGCAGCCACACAUGCGAUUGUCGCCAUUCACAAUUCUGAAAUAAAUUCACAGCCGGUGAAAUGCUCGUGGGGUAAAGAAAGCGGUGACCCAAAUAACGCUCCAUCGAUUGCUAGCCAGGCGUUAAGUCAAGCUGGUUUUCCAUUUGGGGCAGCGGCCGCCUACGGGCAACAAGUGGCUGGCUACUGGUAUCCUCCCGCUCCAACAUAUCCAGCAGCGCCCGCCCCGUCGACGCCUCUACAAGGCCAAUUUCUUCAAGGCAUGCAAGGUUACGCUUACGGUCAAUUUGCAGGAUACCAACAAGGUUAUAUGGGGAUGGGAGUUCAAAUGCCGGGAGCAUGGCAAAGUGUUCCGGCCCAAGCCCAGUUACCUGCCGCUGCCCAGCAAAUCGCACAGGGUGUCGGAAAUGGAUUGCCACAAGCAACGGGCGUUGUUGCAUAUCCAAUGCAGCAAUUCCAGGUGAGCCCCCAGCUAGCAGAGGACGAAUGGCUCGCUCCCAGCUUAUUGGUGUAGCUUCCAUGAUGGCCACCACCUUUGUGCGGUUGCAAUUCGAUUGUGGGCGACUCACGAGGUACGGCAAUGUACAAACAAUCCAUUUAGCUAGUUAUUUUAUAAUAAAAGUUAUUAAAAAAUUGAACAAAAUUGCAGAUUGUGCGAAUGCAAACAAAAAUAUAGAUACAAAAAAAUUGAUUUGCAAUACAAAUGAAUAUACUAUGAAUAUGUAUAGUUAAAAGCAUAUUUGAAGAAAAGGAAAAUACCAGAUAUAAAAGUCUAUGAUAUUGAGCAAACGGUGAAUUUUUACCUUUGCGGCAUGUAAAUUAUGAUUAUUGUGUACCAAAGUGAUGUCGCGAAGAAACAUUAGCUUAUUUGAAAAAUAUACAUUUAAGACGGAUAGACUUUAAUUUUUGUUGGAAACCUACUUGAUAAAGGGAAACUACCAUGGGAAGAUUAAGUAGAUUUUUUGGAGAUCGUAAAGUUUACAUUUUACAGGCAUAUACUAAGAUAAUCGCUGGUUGAUUAACUACAAAUGAUAAGAUGAGGCUGCUACGCCCGAAGUAUUUGUCAAUUUCAAAAUUGUAAAUAAACGAAAAACCAUUCGCGGAAUGAUACUGAAUGGAAAUUAAACUACAUAUACAAUGUUCAUUUUGGCAUAUUGGCAAAAUUUUUUAUAAAAUAUGUGUCAUGCCUUUGAAAACUCUAUCAUUUGAUUCUCCUCCAGUUAUCAACCUUUUCUUUAUAAUGUGAUAUCGAUGAGUGUUUAUCACUUUUGAAGAGCAUUUUCUAUGGAUGUCCUCACCAAAAGAAUAUUUUUCCCUCUACCAAUUCCUGUAAAUAAGAAUAUGAAUCGAAGAACCUUAUGAUUUUCUAGUAAACCUGUAGAGAAUGAAUAGCUGCUAUUUUAUAAUGGAGACAUCGAAAAUAUUUUAAAGCAUUGCAAUGUGUAUUAGUGUCCUUCACCAACUGUAGAUAGCAUUAAAUAUAUUAUAUACAUAUAAAUCAAAGAAAAGUACAUAAGUGUGUAUACUCUAUUAACUGUUCGUCACUUUAGCUUUGUGAUAUGUUCAUUGAAAUUGUGAAGAACUAUCAGUUCAUUGUUUCGUUGUCACGUGAAAUUGUUAUCAACUUGAAGUAUAGUAGAAAAUUGUUUCGUGUAAAGUGUGUUUCAGCUUAAGUUCGUCCAUUGAAUAGUUUCUUUAGCUAUAAAUGAGAAAUUUUUUAUAAUCUUACGCUUUACUGAUUACAGCCUUUAUUAAUUUUCAAUUGUUAUUACCGUAGAAUCCCACUAUCCGUUUCAUUAUAAGCUACUUGGUUUCCCUGGGGUACUAGGAUGACAUCUGAAAUGCAGUAGAUUAUAAGUCAAAGUUCAUUAGAACUGUUUACAUAACGAGUAAAUAUCUUUGGAUCUGCAACCCAUAAGGGUCCGUCAGGAAAAAAAUAUGAAAAAGCUCCUUUCCUACUGCUGAGAAUCUACUCCACACUUUUAUCUCGACUUUUGAAAUGUCUUUCCCCAGUUCUUGGAUUAUUAUUUUGAAUUCCACUAUUAAAUAACCAAGAGCAAGUAACCAAAUAUAGUUGAAUUUCGAUGACAAAAACUGCAGUCACUCUAAUAACCAAGUUCAUCAGCAAUGCUCUUUUAUGUACCCUCGUAGCUUUCUAUAUUGCCAGUGAUUUCCGUGGCUUUCCAAAGGCUGCCGAACGAUCGAAUAUUUUCGGCGAUUGCCCUCCUUUAAUUUCAAUUCAAUUUGGUGCAACAAACCUCUUUGAAAUUGAAUGACAACACCCUUGACUCUAUUCACACAUGUUAGGUAUCAGUUAGUAACCAAUGCUAGCAUCAAAUGGUAAAAGCAUACUCCUAUAAACGGUUCAUUCAUUUCACGACUUCCUACAUAGCCGAAACAUAGGGGAAUGUUGGAUGGCGAGUCCUUUAGAUAUAGUCUGUGAAUUCCGCUGAAAUGGGUCUACUGUUUACUCCUUUGUGGAGUUCCCUCUUUUAUAUUGUUACUGAUUUUUCCCUUUUAUUUUGAUUUUCAACGACAACCGAGGACAACAAAUUCGACCAAUCAAGCAUAACAGCUUCUCGCUUCUUUAGAACCAACGAAUAGCAUGCGAUUGGCGGAUCUUUAUUUCACGCGUCGUUAUUAUGAUCUACUGGCCACUAAGGGACGAGGGAAAAGGGGUGGCGACCAUUGAUCAUCAUAUCCUAGCAGUAAAUGGAGUUAACCAUAGCCAGGCAAUCAUGAUUUCCCGAUUGUGUGCAGAUAAAACUCAAAAUACCCAUGUCAGCUGAACAGUUGGGUUAGGUAAUUGCCAACCUUACAGUGCUUUCGAUUGAACCAAGACCAUAGGUCUUUGAUGAGACGAGGGGUCCAUUUACCUCUCGAUUUCCCUUCCCAGAAUUGCUGCUAUACAAGUAGAGUGGGAGUUCUCUGUUAAAAAGCGAGGGCUUUAUUAUUUCUCUGGAUCCGAAAUCAUACGAUAGGCGGAUACAAUUUUCAAAGCCCCUUCCUGUUGUAUUUACUCUAGGCACUUGGAAAUGAUGGACCCUUCCCACACCACAAGCAUGUGACACCAAGCCUUGGAACCAAAGGGUUACUUCAUUUUGACCUCUUGCACGCUAAGCAAUUGGCCGAAGUCUGAGGCAGCUCCUUCGUAGACUUACAGUUUCUGCUAUCUUUCACUAACAGGCAAUUUCCCGCGACAUUCUUUUGAAGUUGAUGUAGUAAAUGGAACGCAAAAAUUACUCUUCUCUUGCCCUUCCGUUUAAGGGUAUUAAUGGCGAAAAUGCAUUCUUGUUUAAAAUAGAAGUUUAUAUGUUUGGAUAUUAUGGCAGCUAGCCAUUUGAUCACAUUAAGUAGGAUGCUUGGAUACUUUAGCGAAAGAGAAUUCCAUUUUCUGUAUAUAGUGACCAGAAAGGGCAUUUCAAGGCUCACUGGUAUUACCUAAGGCUAUUAUUAAAAGCGACAAACAAGCUCCCCAUAAUGACAGGUAGCAGACCCUUAAUGCUGAUAGACUUUUAUGCAGUCCAAAAGCAGGAAAACUUGCCAAAGUAUUGUCAAGACCCAGACUGGCCAUUACUAGGUGGACAUAUGUUGAAAAAAGGGAUUCCCCAUCUCUUCAAAGCUGCUGCAAAUUUAUCUUUGAAGCGAACAUGAUUCCCCUGUGUUGGGAUUGUCGAGAUUCCCCUGUGUUGGGAUUGUCGAGCUUGAUUUAGAUUUUUGAUAUUUUUCCCGACUAAAAGGUUUCUUCAAUAAGCCCGUGGAAUGAAGGCAAAUGCAAUGCAAAAUCCAAAUGUUGAACCUAUCUGUUUACUUAGAUUAAUGCUCCAAAAUCCUGUCUCGAUUCCCUCCCCACUUGAUAAUUCUUAAACAAUGCAGUUUUUCUAUUCACAUCAGGAUGUAAUGUCUGUGUGGUGGAAGAGAGGUAAAGCCUCUGAGCACUCUGAUCCAUGUGGAAAAUUUCACUCUAUUUGCUCGUCUAACGGAAUAUGCCGGAUUCGUUUAUGAAUCGCAGGAUUUCCGUUAGUAGUCAGGAUGUGGUAUUUAGAUAUCAGACGCUGUCUGUCAGUUUCUCAUCUACUAAAACCACCUUCACUCUUUCGUUCGUACCAUAGUUCUAGUUUUUAAGAUUCGCCUCCGGAUUUUAAAGGUAUUUUUUUUCCCCUCGAGUUAUUUUGUAGAUACAACCACCGCUAGGUUGCGUGCGAAUCCAAAAAAAAAAUUGUCUCCACCAACACGCGAAUGCGAACCACUAUACCUAUACCUAACCAUUAUACAUAAUGUUCCCCCGUUGGGACUCUAAUAUGAAGCCUUGAAGAACACCUGCUCUUUAAGACGUUACAAUGCCCCUUUUCGGGGCAUUAUCAGUGUCGUACUAAAGAUUAACGGGUCUAAGGAUCUAAUUAAGCUAAAGUAACCUUAAUCCAAGGACAGUUACCGAUUUGAGAACAUUUUUUACAUAAAGCGUCACCGUAGAACAUUUUAUGACGAGCACUGUCAUUAGGACAGGCUGACAAUAAUUGCUAUCAUCAACAAUGGAACGAGAUUACCGAAGUCGAUACUGGCGCUCUCCUAUUCCACCUGCAAGUACGUUGAAAAUGAAUGGCUUUUUAUAUAUUUCCCUCUUAAACUUUCAGCAGUCUUCAAUAUCGCCAGAACCAUCCCUUGAAAUAUACUGUGCAAUCCCGGAAGAAACACAGAUCAUCUUAAAUCCUUCAGUAAAGAAUACUGUAUCAGUACUUCAAAAUAAACGAAAAUGUAUUACAAUCACUUUAAACAUGGGUUGGGCGCAAGUAAUUUGAGGCUCCUAUUGCCCAUAUAUUUUUUCCAUUAUAACGACUCACGGGCUUUUAUCAGCAUCAACACAUAGGGAUUAUAGCAACUAUGUUUGAUUUUCCGUAUCACAUUUGCGAAAUUACUUUAUUCUAUAUUAUUCCUCAAUUGCAGGCUGUUCUCAACGUUGAGAUUCCCUGCUUAAACCAGUAUUUCGUUUUUCCCUUGUCAUUAUGGCAAUAUAAGCGCCAUAAACCACAGUUAUCUGCUGGCGCAGAAGACCCACCAUUUGCAUUGCUGUUUUCUUCGGUCCGUGAUGUCCUUUUAAGGCAGCCUGAAAAGUCUUAGCAGAGAAGCCAACCAUCCUAAUUUUUUUCCAACCGGUUGUCAAUUCCCACAAUUCUCAAUUCCGAGAAACAUAGCCUGUGGAUGUAGUGUUCCCAAUCGCUAGCGACGCAUUAAGGUAUGUAUAUUAGAUGAGUGAUCGAGCCUAACCUUCUGCCUGGGAAGGUUGUCGACGAAAAGACUUCUAGUGAGAUCUGGCCCUUGGUGUUCGUUACUCGUUGUCCCCAUUACAAUCCCCACGGAAGGAAGGGGGGGGGGGUCUAGCGUCUAACAUUAUUAUUAGGGCUGUAGGAGUGUAGCAGUUGUAGAUAUGGGCACCAUCUAUUUUCGCCCUUAAAGAACCGACUCCUGGGAAUGCUAUUCCUUCUUGUAUGGCAUGUUUCUCAUCCGCGUUACAACUAAGAUGAUGAGCCUCCUGUAUUAUACCUUACCUGGGUCAGUUAGCAUAAAUAUGGGAGGGUCACAUAGUGUUUAAGGGUCCCUAAGCAAGCUAUUGCCAAUAGUUUCAGUCAUAGCAGUAGCAACUAAUACUAAUAUCUCAUAGCCAUGAGAUGAGAUGAGAUCUUUAAUCCUCUACAUAUCUGAAGUAAAAUCUACUCACAUAUUUUUACCGUUGGGCUGUAAUCAGAACUUGUUUUGCUGGUGGAAACUAACUUAAAUAUUUCUGUAAGUUAUUUCUGAUUUUUCCUACGACACAUGACUAUGUAUCUUUUUUCGAUGACAUUCGUAACAGCCGUAAAUUAUAUUUCAAAUGAAAAAGUAUAGGUCUAACAUUAUAAAUCAAAAAUUAUGAAGAAAGAAAACCAAAAAGAAAACAAUGCACAUUGAAAUGUAAGAAACACAAUUUAGUUCAAUAAAGAGCAGAAGCAAGUACUAAUUUUAAACUGAUGACGAUGUAAAUUGAAACUUGUGAUAUUUAACCGAAAGAUACUUAAAUGAAAUUUAAACAUGAUGAAAAGUAGAAAACAAAAAAGUAUAAACAUAUUAUUAAAAAAAUAAGAAGAUAUUUUACAAACCAAAUGAGGCUAGAAAAAAAUUUAUUGUUGGCCAAAUUAGAAAAAUAACGCAUCAAGUAGAACUAGCAUAAAAUCAAAAUUUUUGACAGUGCUAACAGAAAAUGGUGAGAUUUAUGCAUUCAAAAGGCACCAGAAAUAAAGCUACAUAGAAAUAGUCCAAAAAGAAAAUCUAAUGAUUUGCACAGAAAGUACUUUGCUCCGGAAAAUUCGAUAGUUGAAUUGUUAGAGUUGUUCCAUUUCCAUCAGAGUUUUGAAAAAAUACAUUUGAAUCAAAAUUAUUUUAUUUCAAUUUUUGUAGAAUAUUUAUUGCUUAAUAAACAUAUACUUUUUUUAAAUGUCUAACCACCUCUAUUCCAGUAAAAUUAUCUUCGCGGAAAAAAGUACCUUAUUAUAUUUUGAAUUCUAGAAAUUUGUAAAUCAAAUAUAAUAAAUCGUUUGUGAAAAGAAACAUGUUGAAUUUUUAUUUAUAAGUAUGUCUCAUUAGUAUCUAAAUUCUAGCAAUUCAAAUGUCGAUUUAGUUUCCAUCCACACAGAAAAAAAUUGAAAAGCUUUUAUAUCAUAUGCGCAAAAUAUAGUUAAGGAGAUGCUUGUAUCACUUGUAGAGAUUUAUUAAAUAAGAAGUUUUGAACAGUAAACCUUUCAGUGCUCGUCGAAGACAGCAUUCGAAGCAUUUGACACAAAUUAACUAGUUUUAAAGAAUAAGAUAUGUGAAACCUGCAAUUAUCUAGAUAAUUACCAAAACAACCAAAUCAAAUGAACAAAUCGAAUAUUAAACACAAAAGAUUGUAAAAAGAUUCUGAAAGGUAAUCGUGAAACCCUAAAGCCGUACGUGGAUAUAAACUAGUCAAAUGUAGCAAAUCAAACUAAAUAUAAUUAUUUGUAAACAUAUAGUAGAUAAAAUCAUUACAAAAAUAAUGAGAAGAUUUGCACACGAUAGAUGUAGCAGCACACAACAAGUAACAACCAAACGAAUUAAUUAAGAAAUGAAAAACAAAUAAAAAUGAUAUACAUAUAUAAAGAAGAGUAAGAAGAGAUACUGAAUAUAGUUUGUUGAAAUAAAAAAAUGCUAUAUUAUAUGUACAUUAUACAAUAUGUGUAAACAAAUGAAAAAAUAGGACAAAUUAUAGAGAAACAUAUACAUGUAUGUACGUAAGAGCAUGUCAAACAAUUUGUUAAACUCCAUAGCUGAAUCAGAAACAAAAAGAUACCAGAUAUUUUCCAUAACUUCACUGAGGGAAUGUUCACUGUGGUUUUGAUUGAUUUUUAAGUUCACCACUUACCAUUCAAACCAAAAUGUUCACAAAUCCUUGAUAUGAACAGCACUGCAAUUAAAUACUGUACAAUCAAAGAUUACAUUAAAAUCGAAUGAGCCUUGCAUACGUCGCGUCGUCAACAAAUCAAACCAUACUUUCCAGUCACCUUCACAGUGAGCAAUCAGCCACUUGGGAAAAUAAGCAAAAUUUAAUAAAAAAAAAAUAUAUGUAAUUAAUACGAUUGAGGAAGGGAAUACAGACGAACGAAGCAAUUAAUCUAGUUGGGAGAAAAAUGCUAUAUAUAAAUAUGUAUAUCAAAAUGUAAUACAAAACAUAACCAAAAUGAACAGAAUGAAUCAAUUAUACCGAAGUUUAACAAACAAUAAACAUGGAAAAUAUACAAAA